GUACAGGCGCCACAGAUGCCUCUCGGUGGCGUCGCGUUGACUGCCGGUAGGCGUGGCCAGCAGCGCGUCGGUGACUUAUCGAACGCGCACGCGGCGCAACUAGUCGAGAGCUCUCGACGCCACACCGCACCACCGGUGUCGCGCACAGUACGUCGCCCGAUGCCCAAAUGGCCGGGCACCGCGUUGUCGCACUACCGUAGUCAUAUGGCUACACGACGACCACGGUGGCCACCGGCUGCCUCGACACUCAUCAUCACUUUAAUUGUGGUCUCGACGACGGCGGUGACUGACAGUCUGGCCGGCGUUUCAAAAGCAGUCAAAGACAAAUCAGAAUUACAACGAGCCAUCGACUGGUUAACUUUACAGCGUGGCAAAGACUGGGGAUGGGGAAUCGGAACAGACACCGCACAGGCGAUCGUGGCCAUGGAAAUGACGAAAACCGGAGGCCGCUUAGAACGGGAACUGAGUGCCAAGCAAUUGGAAAUCGAGCUUUUAGCUAGACUAUGGCAACACCAUGAUCCAGAUUCGGAUACCCUUCAACAGCAAGACGACGAAGACGAAGCGCUAACCGUAUCCAACAUUGCGACGUACUCAAUGGCGUUAGCCAGUGCUUGUCACGAUCCGAGGCAGUUCCAUGGACACGAUCUGAUCGGUUCAUUACUACAACACGAUACUAUAUCCGAUUUAGACUUCUCAUACAGCAGCCUGGUAGCGUGUGAAUCAGGUACACACGUCAGAAAAAGACAUAUACGAAGACUAAUGGAGAUAGCCAAUUCGAAACACACAGUGGAUUCAUUGAGUGUUGCUAUCUUAGCUCUCCAGUGUGUUGAACACGACCACCGUAACCGGAACGUGAAGCCAUUACUGAAGAAACCGUUAGCCACAUUGAUAGCGCUCCAACAACCGGACGGAGGGUUCGGCAGUUUGCACACAACCGCGUUAGCGAUUCGGGCGUUGCAAGAAGGAAAAGCCAUAUGGAACCGGACAAAUGCUAUUGACUGGUUGUUAAACCAUCAAGGGCCCGAUGGGGCUUUCUUCGAUGUCGCGACAACGGCCGAAGUAAUAAUUGCCUUGGCACGAGUCUCUGGCGUCGCAGAAGGUAUAGCAGAUCACUGCGAAGUUCGGCCCGGAGCUGAUAAAGACAACGUAGGCACUGCAGUGAUCAUACCGCAUCCGUCGGCUGUCGACGUCAACCGUCCCGUGGCUGUGAACAUAAGUGAACCGUUUGUCACGGACGAAUACAAACCACCACCUCAGAUGUCGGACAGUGGUAACAACGUUACAGUCAGCUAUUCGCUGUGGAUCGGCAGUAACAUCACGGAAAAACGGUCCAUCAACAUCACGGCUGAUCAUAACGUUACGUUUUAUGAGAUAAUGCAAAGGGCGUCUGAUCUGGACAGCGCUUUUACAUUUUCAGCUACAGAAUGGCCAAAUGGUCACUAUGUACAUACUUUAUCAGGACUUAAGGAGGAGCCGAUGAGUUACCAUUUUUGGUUGUUGUAUAAACUAAGAUCCUGUCCUGAUCCUCAAAAUCCUCCGAGCAAUCAACUAGUAGCCCCGACUGGUGUUGAUGAUCUAAUCGUGCAAAAUGGUGAACACUACUUAUUUUGGUACAAGAAGCUCUAAAUGUUAAAGGAUUAUAAAAAAAAUUUUGAACGUGCAUAAUACAACGUUAAACUAAAGGUUGACAAUAAUUAACAGAAAUAAUAAUUUAUAAAAAUAUCUUUUUUUUCCUAGAAAUUAAGUGAUAUUCAUUUUUAGACUUGUUGAAAACUAUGUGUCAAAAGUUAUUUUUUCCGUACCAAUGCUUAAAAAACAAGACGUUUU